AUGGCACGGUUAAAACGCUCGCAGUUUCUGGGGGUCGCCGUUGUUUUCCACUUGCUCUAUGUCUAUUCUAUCUUCGACAUUUACUUUGUGAGCCCCGUUGUCGGGGGCAUGAAGGCCCACCGCGUCCAGACUUCUCCUCCUGCUCAACGCGUCGUGCUUUUUGUCGCUGACGGGCUCCGCGCGGACAAGACCUUUCAACAGUUCCCCGACCCGUCCCCAGACGCCCCUACAGAUGGGUCGGCCCAGGUACCACGCCACUUGGCUCCCUUUCUGCGCUCACGAGUAUUGGAUCAUGGUACCUUCGGAGUGUCUCAUACCAGAGUACCCACCGAGUCGCGCCCAGGCCAUGUGGCCCUUCUCGCGGGCCUCUACGAAGACGUCUCCGCCGUAACCACGGGCUGGAAGCUGAACCCAGUGGGCUUCGACAGCGUGCUGAACCGCAGCCGACAUGCGUGGAGCUGGGGCAGUCCCGACAUCCUGCCGAUGUUUGCGCAGGGGGCCGCACCGGGCCGCGUGGAGACAGACAUGUACAGCGCCGACGCGGAAGAUUACAGUAAGGAUGCCACCGAGCUAGAUCUCUGGGUCUUCGACCGCGUGAAGCGUUUGCUCCGUUCCGCCACCGAGGAUCCAAACUUGGAGACUGCCCUGAGACAAGAUCAGAACAUCUUCUUCCUCCAUCUGCUUGGACUGGACACUUCCGGCCACUCUUAUCGGCCCUAUUCGCGCGAAUAUCUGCACAAUCUCCAAGUUGUCGACAACGGUGUGCGGGAGUUCUGCGAUGAAUUCCAGGCCUUCUUUGGAGACGAUCGGACGGCCUUUAUCUUCACCGCGGAUCAUGGGAUGAGCGAUUGGGGCAGCCACGGGGAUGGGCAUCCGGAUAACACCAGGACGCCCCUCAUCGCGUGGGGCGCUGGAGUGGCCCGUCCCAGGGUAGAGCCCGUGGGCAGCGUUGCGGUUGGGCACGAUGCGUUUUCUGCCGAUUGGCAGCUGGAUCAUGUGCAGAGGCAUGAUGUCGCCCAGGCUGAUAUUGCGGCGCUGAUUGCAUAUCUGGCGGGGAUUCCGUUUCCCGUGAACUCGGUCGGACGCCUUCCGUUGCCUUAUCUCGAUGCGGACGAGUCCAGUCUGGCGGACGCGAUGCUGGUCAAUGCGCUGGAGAUCUUGGAGACGUACCGAGUUCGAGAAAGUCGUAUGAUGGCCUCAAAGCUCUGGUACGUGCCUUUUCCGGCGCUCAGUCACGAUCAAGAUCCAAAUCAAGAGGAACGAAUUGCUCGCAUCCGUACUGCAAUUCGUCAGGGGCAUCCUCAGGAAGCGAUUCAAGGCUGUGAGGAUCUGAUCGACCUGUCUCUUAAGGGCUUGCGGUACCUACAGACCUAUGAUUGGCUUUUUCUUCGAGCUCUGAUUAGCGUCGGAUAUCUGGGGUGGAUGGCCUUCGCUCUUACGAACGCGCUCAGUCACUUUGACCUACCAAGUUCGGGUACUAGUCCCCAGCCAAGACGUUCUACUGUCCGCCUCAUCGUGAUGGGAUUUGUUGGUCUUGCUCUUCUGGUGAGACUGUAUUCGCAGAAGUCUCCGGUGCAAUAUUAUGCGUACGCUAUAUUCCCGGUCUUGUUCUGGGCUGAGGUAUGGGCCUGUCAAGAUACCUGGACCCAAGCCAUUAGGGCACUUUCCAAGCGGAUAUCCGCCAGCAACGUGAUCGCAGAUGCGGCUGGUGUGAUGCUCUUGGGCCUGCUUUUGGAGGCUAUAGUUCAAAGUUAUUGUGAUCGUAGGAUUUACACGCUCAUCUACAUUCUCGCCCUGUUCUGGCCCGCUAUCUACGGUAUUAAAUUCAUCCGUGCCAAUCGGCUCAUAUGUUUGGUGUGGGCAGUCCAAUGUGGCUCUAUGAGCAUCUUCACCCUUCUUCCGGCCAUGAAAACGGAGGAUAUUACUCUGAUCACCCUGGGUGGGCUCCUCAUGUUUUCCUGCGGUGUCUUGUAUAUCAUCUUUGAGCCGACAAUACUCCAUCAAGCGUCAUUAGGAAAUGUGAUCGAGACUGACCGACUAGGAAGAUUGCUCCUGAUGUUCCAGGUCGGAUUAGUACCACUGGCUAUAUUCACGACGCGGUCCGCAGCGGCCUCCUUGCAGUCUCGAGAAGGACUCCCUCGUCCAACACAGAUUCUAGGAUGGACACUACUCGUGACGUCCUUUAUCCUCCCGAUCUUCGCUCUUCGGACCAGACGCCACCACAUCUAUCAACUAGUGGUCCUCUUCUUCGCAUUCGCCCCGCUAUUCAUAAUCCUUACCAUCUCCUACGAAGGCCUCUUCUACUGCUGCCUGAGCGGCACACUCCUCACCUGGGUGCAGCUGGAGUCCAAAGUCUUCGCCUACCAGCGACAGCCCGCAUCCCCAUCUAUCACCCAAGAAGCACCACAAUUCCGCCCCCUCCGCUUUUCCGACCUGCGCAUUGCCCUGUUCUUCCUCUACCUGUUCCACUCCGCCUUCUUCAGCACCGGGAACCUCGCCUCGAUCUCCUCCUUCUCGCUCGACGCCGUGCUGCGUCUCCUGCCCGUCUUCGAUCCCUUCAGCCAGGGGGCCCUUCUGGUCCUCAAGAUCCUGGCCCCCUUUGUGCUCGUCUCGGCGAACCUGGGGCUCUUGACGCGCGCGCUGCGCCUGCGGCCUGGGGCGCUCUUUGUGCUGGUCGUCGCCGCGAGUGACUAUCUGACGCUGCGGUUCUUCUGGCGCGUGCGGGACGAGGGCUCGUGGUUGGAGAUCGGGGAGAGUAUUACGGUGUUUGUGCUGGCGUCGUUGCUCUGUGGGUUUGUGGCUGGGCUGGAGAUGGUUGGGGAGGGGGUUGUGGGAGUUGCCGUGGGCACUGAGAAGUACAAGCUUUCAUAA